AAGACGGUGAUCACGUGACCCGCCACCAUGGAGCAUGGAUCUAUGGAGGGGAAGACGGUGAUCGUGACCGGCGCCAACAGCGGGAUCGGCAGAGCCACGACGGCGGCCAUCGUGAAGCUCGGCGGCCGCGUCAUCAUGGCCUGCCGGGACCACGGCCUCGCGUUGGAGGCUGCCCGGGAGAUCGUGCAGGAGACCGGAGCGGAGCAGAGCCAGGUGUCGGUGAAACACCUGGACCUGGCGUCGCUGGCGUCGGUGCGCGCCUUCUGCCACGAGGUUAUACAGACGGAGUCCCGGCUGGACGUGCUGAUCAACAACGCCGGCGUGUACCAGUGCCCUCUGACCCGGACGCAGGACGGGUUCGAGCUGCAGUUCGGCGUCAACCACCUGGGCCACUUCCUGCUGACGCACCUGCUGCUGGAGCUGCUGCGCCGCUCGGCGCCGAGCCGCGUCGUCGUGGUGUCCUCGCGGCUCUACAAGCGCGGGACCAUCGACUUCUCCGACCUGAACAGCGAGCGCUCGUACGACCGCGCCGCCGCCUACGCGCGCAGCAAGCUAGCCAACCUGCUGUUCUGCGGCGAGCUGGCGCGGCGGCUGCAGGGCAGCGGCGUGACGGCCAACGCGCUGACGCCCGGCAUGGUCAACACCAACCUGGGCCGCCACGUGGCCGUGCCGGCGCUGGCCCGGCCGCUGGCCGCCCUGCUGGCCCGGGGCCUGCUCCGGACCCCCGAGCAGGGGGCCCAAACCUCCGUGUUCCUGGCCGUCAGCCCCGAGGUGGCCGGGGUCACGGGGAAGUGCUACGCCGACUGCAAACCUCAGGUCCUGCUGGACCGGGCCUCGGACCCCGACCUGGCCGGGAAACUGUGGGACAUCAGUGAGGUCAUGGUGGGGAUCACCACGUGACCC